AUGUCCCUCGGCUCACUAAAAUUCCAGGCAGUAGGUGAAGAGGAUGAAGAGAUAGAGGAAGAGGAGAGCCUAGACUCUCUGAAGGCUCUGACGGCCAAGCUGCAGUUGCAGACACGGAGGCCCUCCUAUCUGGAGUGGACAGCCCGGGUCCAGAGCCAGUCCUGGCGAAGGGCCCAAGCCAGACCUGAGACUGGGGGACCUGGGGCUAUAUGUGGCUUUGACUCAAUGAACUCCGCUCUCGAGUGGCUCCGCCAGGAGCUGCGGGAGAUGCAAGUCCAGGACCGGCAGCUGGCUGGGCAGCUGUUGCGGCUUAGGGCCCAGCUGCACCGGCUGAAAGUGGACCAGGCCUGUCAUCGGCACCAAGAGCUGCUGGACGAAGCCGAGCUGGAGCUGGAGCUGGAGCCGGGGGGUGGCCUGGCCCUGGCCUCCCCACUAAGACACCUCGGCCUCACUCGUAUGAACAUUAGCUCCAGGCGCUUCACUCUCUGCUGA